AACACAGCUAUCGACCAAUCAUCUGCCCUACUUCAUCAGGCACGACUCUGAUGUAAUGUGAAUAUGAUCGCCUUCCGUGCCGCUCCCAACCACUCCCACAAUUCCCCUCUCCAAGCAAGCAUGCCAGCACUGUAGCCUGACUCACUGGUUCACCCCCCUAAGCUAUUGAGGACAACAUACAGCCAAAGGCAGGCACGUCCCACUAGUAUAGCUCUACCUCAGUUCGUAACUGGGCCUCACUGUCUUCACUAGCCUUUCUGAAUACUAAAACUUGGAUUUGUGUGUAAAAGCUGUACUGGAAUACCUUGUGGAAAGAGAUUAUUCAGAGAUGCUUUUUCAUUCCCUUGAUACAAUGACGGAAGACAGCCGUCCCACCGCCCACACCCAUCCAGACAAUCACCCCGACAUUCACUGCGACAUGGAUGGUUCCAGUGGCACCAGCACCCCCCAGUCCCUUUCCCCGGGGUUGGAGGACCCCGCCUACCCAAUAGACAGUAUUCCUGAGGGAGUGUACGCCCCCACGCCCAUCGAGGCCGAUUCCAGUAUUAACACAGUCAACUUAAACAAAAGUUUACAUCGACCAUCUCAUCAAAAUGAUGCAAGAUACAACCUUAUUAAGCUAAGUCAGAUCAAAUCUGCGUUUGCAAACCGCAGUCCGAAUCACUCCAAUAGUGGAACUGUGGGCCAGAUGUUUGCGUUGAAGAAACGCAUCAAGACGGAAGCAGUGAAUGGGGACUACGAGGUGGCUUUUAACUGCUCAAAUUCAAAUGGUGCUGAUGAUGUAGUGAUAAAACAGGAGCCGAUCGAUGAGGAUGAUGAGGAAGAUGAUGAUGAAAUGGACGAUGAAAUGGAUCACGUCCAUAUCCCGGUUACUAAUGGUCCAGUGAAGAGAAAUAAAGACGGAAAGCCACAAACCGAACCUGUCGACCUGUCUGUCAAGAGAACGCUGGGCCUACCAGAGUUUGUGGCAGAUAUGCAUGUUCAUCAAGGCCUGGAUUUACGUGUUGGAAGAAAAGAUGAAGAUCACCCGAAUGUCUCUGUCGAAUCUGUCAAUAAAAUCGGCUCAGCAGCUCUUCUGUCUCUGAGGAGGAUAAAAGAGGCAUCCGAGCAAUUCAAAUAUUUAGAAAAUGGUGGGCCAAAGAGUUCCUACCCGGUGACAAUGGUUGGUAAGACAGAUCCUUACGCAGACAGUCAGAAGAAACGGAGAGUCCAUCGAUGUGACUUCGAGGGCUGUAUGAAGGUGUACACAAAGAGCUCUCACUUAAAAGCACAUCGAAGAACACACACAGGUGAGAAGCCGUAUGUGUGUAACUGGGAGGGCUGUACCUGGAGGUUUGCCCGAUCCGAUGAGUUGACGAGGCACUACAGAAAACACACAGGAGACAAACCCUUUAAAUGUCAAGUCUGCGACCGAGCAUUUUCACGAUCAGAUCACCUCUCACUGCAUAUGAAGAGACACUGAAGGUUGUGUAAAUAAGCCUGUUGGCUGUGCAUCACCCCUAUCCAGACCUACCAGUCUGUUGCCCAGGAUGACCGCAACAAAAUGGCUGCCUCCUCUUCUCAUAGUAUCGAUGAAUCGAGACUUUGUUACCCAACUUUGAGGAUGGUCAACAUUAGGUGUCAUCCGUGCGUGAUAACCUCACUGGACCACCUGCCAGGUUCUACUGGAGUCCAGAGCCCCUAUGAUUAGUGAUCAAGAAAGUAGUUUCUUCUGCUGGAACUUAGUCAUGAGGAAAACAUUAUCUACUGCUGUCUGUGAUUCCAAGAUGGUGGACCAGCUAUCGUUUGUGAUGACACUGCCUGCUUUUUUCGCCAUGAAAGACAAAUGGCUGACAUGAGUGACCUUUGACCCUGCUGCUGAUUGGUUGCUUCCAUUUGAGUUUUACACAAGGAUAGUUCUAACCAGUUUGUUUGAUAAUCUAUUUGUUGAAGUAUAUAAGCAGAGAUAAUAUCGACAUCAUCUUCUAACCUCAGCCUGUUUUUUGAAGAAGUAAGUUGUUGUAUUUGGAGUUGAGUUUUGUCUUAUUGGGAGCAAGGAUAGUUUGUACAUUGGCAUUGUAAUGUCUCACGACUAAUGUAUUCUUUUGUGUAGAGGUGAAAAAUUCAUUGCCACAUAUUCAGGUAAUGGUAAUAUGGGAAAUUAUACAAACUGCUCAAUAUAUCAACUGCUUAAGACUAACAGUAACCACAUAUUGCCAGCUAGAUUGAUGCCAAAGAGAAAGUUCAUGAACUCAGAUAUCAUUGAAAUUUCGAGGCUGAAAUAUUACUGAACCAUGUGAACUCACCAAGACCAAAAUUGAUGCUGAAUAUGUUGACCCAGUGAGAAUAAGAUACAAUGGAAUAUCACAUUCAUAUGCCCUAUAUUCAUAGGACUGUAUCAAAGGCUAGAAAGGUGAAUUUAUUUAUUAUUGAUUGGAGAUUUCACUUUGCAAAAAAUGGUUUAAGAGCUGUUUCCUUCUAAAGAUGGAUUCUUUUAUAAGGCAGAAGCAAAAUUGUCGUCAUAGCCUUUGACAUGGUCCCCAUGUUAAAUGUCAUGUGCAGCUGUGAUACUGUGUAAAAUUUGGAAUGAACUUAGCUUGAGGAACCUGUCUAAACACCUGUAUUUCACCCAUCUAUGAUAAUCCAUCAUAUGUCUAAAGUCUCACAAGAACUUGAUGUGACUUGUUAAUGUUUAGAACCAAGAACUUGGCUUAUGCACUCCCUUCCUUAAAUGUUUUGACAUAAUGUUCCUUGGAUGGUAAUGUCUGUAUCCUAAAAGUGAGAUGUUAAUGUACGGUGUGUUUGUGUUGAAACAACAACAUAGAUAUCCCAAUGGUCUAAAGUGCCACAAUUUGCUGUGCAGAGUUGUGUCCCUUGGCCAUGCCUGGAUCCAUGGUCAUUGGUAUGAAUACCCGAUUUGCCCAAAUAAUGAUCCUUGGUCUGUUGGCAGAAAACACAUGUUUAAGGAUUUCACCAAAGUUGUAAAUGUCUAUAACCUUCUCUACUUUGGGCUACCACCAACAUUCAAGCCAACACAUAUGAUAAGACUACAAAUACCAGUCAAAGUUAUGUUAAACACAGCUCACUCACUCACUCACUCACUAGCCAAGGUCCUGGCUCUAACCACUGACAGGCUUCAGCAUCGUGUCUGUGGCCUUCAUCUGAUGUACUUAAAGGGGCAAGGGAUGAUAUUUUGAUAUAUACAUGUAAUACAUCAUCUGUUGUGUAUUGUCUAAUUUCUGAUGGGUGUGUUAUGUGAUUACACAUGGUUAUGUACAUUUCCGUGGUGACAUCUGACCUGUCAAUCAAACCAUGACAACAUUGUUAUAUAUCUGUAUACAAUGUAGAUAUAUUUCUGUCUAUUGUGAUAUGUUACAAAAUGUUCAUGGUUGUACACAGUUUGGUCCACUUUUUAUACCACUUUUUGUAUCCAUAAUUUAAUUGCAGAUGCUUCCUUUUAAGUUGAAAUUUAGAAGCUUGAAUUAGUUCAGAUUAGAGAACGUUCAUUGUUACAAAUGACUAUAGAAAAAUAGAAAAGUGAAACUGAACCCAAAAGAUAAAUACUAGCGAUCAUUUAGUGCUUUUACAGAUUAACAAGGAUUAUUUAGUGGUCAUAGACCAUUAUGGUUGCAUUGUCAACAGCAUGUUUUAAGAACUAUCUAGAAAAUGUGCAAGACUAGACAAUAUUUCACAUUUUGAACUUCUGAAGUAGGUUUGCAUGGAGGUUUUAAAUGUGAAAUUGGACAGAAUUGUAAAAUAGUCACCUUGAGAAAUACUACCUUUUUGAUAUUAAGUUAAACUUUGUAUCAUUGUAAUGAGUGCGCUAGUCAAACUGUUAACCCAACAGGGUUGUAUAUGUACAUGUAUUCAGUACAGGAGAUGUCAAUCGAUAUUUGACAUUCUAUCAACAUUAUGAUGGCAACUGACUGAAAUUAACGGUUGUAUAAUAUUAUUGUUAAUAUUAUUAAAAUGUAUAUGAACAUAACUGAAAUAAUUUUACUUUAAUAAUUUCAUGAAUUGCUUCAUCAAAUCAAAACUACUAAAAUGUUGGAACCACCAUUAUUGCUCUUAGGAACAGGGACUCCUGAAUGGGAUGUGGUUUUAAAGGAUGAAUUAUGAUUGAGAAUGAAAAGAUACAUGGUAAACUGUCUCAUACAAUCUUGCCAUGGUGAUUAAAGUCAGUUCUUGCUUUGUAGUUUUAUGCAAUCAAUAUUUUGCGUAUAGAGCUGUCCGAACUUGGAGGCUUCCUUUGAAGAUAUGGAGGACAGAGUUAUCUCCCUUUAAGACAGUUUGUAUAUUAAGAAAAUCAGAUAACUAUUGUGCCAAGUGUAUUUCUGCUGACAAAUAAGACUUCCCUGUUUUAUUUUCUUUAUGCUUUUUGCAGUUUCAGUGUACAAUGUGGUGAACAGAUUAAUAUUAUUAAAUUACAUAACUGUUCAGAGCAAUGUUCAGAUGCUGAUGCGUGCUUAUAUCAUUAUUUCUUACACUGUGGACUAAUGAAUAUAAAGUGUUACCAACCACAAAACCUCUGCACAUAUUUCUGCUGUUUUGUGGAUAGAUAUGUUUUAAGACAAGGAAAUUAUGUUUGCCUAUGUUACUGUUGUUCAAAACCUUCUUUUUGUGAUGGUUGCAAAAAAUCUUCCGAAUAUUUACUGCUGCUAUAUAUAUAUGUAUUCAUAUAAAAUUCAAGAUGUUUUAUGGAUAAAUUAACUAAAACGGGUUAAAGUUUCAGGAUAAAGGCUCUGUGAAAAUAUUUUUUUGCCAUUUGUAUUUAUCACUGAAAAUAUCACGACGUGAUCUAUUAAUUUUGUGCAUGUCACAAUGAAGCUGUUAAUUCCGCUAAAAUAUUUGGCAUGAGGAAUGUUUAUAUUUUUACACCGACAUGCAGACUUGUGCAAAGAGGAAGGCAGAGCAGAUUGACAGGUUGCAUCCAAUGUUCUGAAAAACCUGUGAGAAGAGUGGGUUUGGCCCUGAACAAAUUUGUAGAAGAUUUCCUCCAGGGGUGUGUAUUUGAUCGACAUAUCCUGUCACUUCGGCAAAUGAUGCCGCGCCCAUUCUAAACUCACCAAGUCUGUGUGCCUAGGUUGUACAAUGAGGAGAAAAUGGAGUCAAGCUUUCACUGAAUUGACUUCAGUUUAAACAAAGCAGGUAUCAAUUACCCAAUGCUAUAAUUUGUAAAUGUGUGGUCUGGGAUUUAAAGGGAGGUAGCAGCAUAUAGUAAAAGCUGUGCUGAAAAUAUCACAAGAUGAAAAAAGGCAGGGCCCUACUUAUCUUACAGGGUUGGUAUAAACAAUAAUUUUAUUUUAAAAUUAAAAUCUUUGUUUAUGAGAACAUGUUAAGAGGUAACAGAUUAUUUUAGUUUAGUAUAUAUAAUAAAUGUGAAUUUACAAUUUUUGAUCCUAUUGAUAGUGAAUUUUAUACGAUACUAAUUUGGUUGUAAAAUUUGUGAAUUUUUCUAUUAUUUGGUCCCCACCAAGGUGAGCUAUCAAACAGCUCAUUAGGGCUAGCCCCCAUGCCGGAAGCUGGGCGAGAAGCUUACUAUUUGUCAUUGCCUCUUGCACCUAUUUGUGAAGCAAGCGAUAUUUGCAUGCCACCGGGAAUACAGUUCUCUACAACCCGACCUGACCAGGAUAGCUGUGCCGUCUCAAAGCCAAGCGGAUUGUCAAUAUUUAGUUUGUGGUAAGGAUGUUUGUCUCCUGGAUGAUUCCUUACCACAGGUUAAUUCCUCGAACACCAGUUUUAUUGAGGUUUGGCAAGUUGUCUCCCUUUAACAAGUCUGCUUAUUUGAACUGUUGAUUGAGGGUGAAAACUCAACAUGGUAUAAUUUUGAAAAAUGACAUCUUCUAGGCUCAUGGUAACAUUUAGUAAGGUUGUUUUUUUCUUUUUGAGUUGAAAAAUUCAUUUUAGAAUUCUAAGUUGACAGUCCUUUAUUUUAUAAGCAGUUUCUUGUUUGGAAAUAUUUAUUGUUCCAGUAUCCGAUACUGAAACUGGAUUAAGGAUUCAAAACAUGUUGAAUCAGCCACUUCCAAUUGUUAUUAAACAUUACAGUUUGAUGUAUCAUGUUUAACAAUAAGUUUAGAAAACAUAUUCAAUUUUCUUAGGCUAAAAAACACCCUUGGUUCCCAGGCAUUGUUGCAUAAUGACAUCACUCCUAUUGAAAGCAUCCUUUACGCUGUCCAUAUUUGUGUCUGUGUUUCCCAUCUCCCACACGCUUAGAACUUUCAUUCCCAUGGGAAAUGAUAAAAGGUUUUCUAUCCUCAAUUUUCCCCAUUCCUGAGGAAAUUUAUGCCCUGAUGUGAUGGAAAAAAUACUCCAACCAUUGCACACUCAUUAAAAAAAAGUUCAGCUUGAUCUUUCUUCAGUUAUGUUUUUUCAAAAGAAUUUCAAUCUACAUCAUAAAAAAAAUGGUAUUGAGUCUAAGUUUUAAAAUGUCAUCAAAUAAGUUACACUAUUAGUAAAUUCUUUGUUAAUUCUUUUUUAUUAUUGUUGCCCACCCGCUGUCUAACUGGUUCAGGUUGGAGAUGAAGAACAUAUACAUGGAUAGCCUUAUUUAAAAAGGGUACAAGUUUUUCAGAUGUCCUUGCCUGACAACCAAUUUAGUUUUUGUUUAUCCAGCCUUAGUUGUUAUGACAUGUCAUUAUAUAUGCUUACAAAUCUGCUGCAAGGUCCUCUUUGUUUGAACAGUUUGUUGUUAUUUUUUACUACAGUUUUCUAAUAAUCUGGUUUCGUUCCGAAACAUUAUUUAUUUGCCAUUGUGAAAUUAAUUAUUUACGUUUGUUGAGCUGAUUGAUUUAUGAAUGGAACUAACAAUGUCGUCACGACAUGGGUAAGUUGAUGGACAACUUGGGAAGAUCGUUAGAUUUACUUAACCAAAUGUGCAAUAUGUAAAUUCUGAAAGGUUUCGACGUACUUACUGUAUCACUAUUGUCAUGAUAUGAAAACAAUAUUGUGAAGUGUGGGGAGUUUAAACCUGGAUGCACUGUGUGUUCCCAAUAGAACUCAAGGCUGCUUCACACUGUACGUGGACAAAUUCCAAAGGAAUUAUAUUUUUUCAAGAAGAUAAAAUACUAAAUUAAUUUCCAACUCCAUGGCAUGACAUAAUGUAGGCUCAGUGUUGUUUUUGAUAUUUUUUAAUAGACAAUAAAGCUAUUAACUACAGUGAGAUAUCACGUCAAGAAUUAUUAAUUAUGUUACUGUGAUAAACUGGGUUUUACAGAUUGCUUUGAAUAUAACUUUGAUCUAUUGACAACUUGUCGUCAUCAUUACAUGGCAGAAACAAUGCAGAUGCUGAAUGUGAACCCAGUCCAGUCAAUAAUGAAAAAAUAAAGUUUAUUAUUGUGAAAAACUAUAACCGAUACUUUGGUCAAAUGGAAUUGAGGACAUAGAAGAUUAUCAAGAUUAUCUGCAAUUUUUUCAAGAUUUGACUAUUGUAGGAUUUUUUUUAUUCACCAUUUCCUUUACUGGGCCGUGCUGGGCAGUGUGUGCCAUGGAGUUGUGCUGGAUUGCAGUUGCUUAUUAUUUCCUAUCUGAAGUAGAACGUCAUCUGAUAGUGUAUGAUCUCAUGAAUUGUGAAAUACUGUGAACAUUGCUAUUGUUACUUUCCCACAUCUAUAUGUUUCUAUAUAUCCAUUUCUUGCCAUCUGAAUACCAUUGUACAUAAACAUUGUCCAUAAAGUUACCAAGAAAUAAACACAGUUUUGCCCAAA